CCAACCCGUUCCCCCCCAAUUCAGCACCAGCCUUUGCGCAUCGCGACAGCGAUAUCGGGAAGAGGAAACUCGAAAGCCCGGCGAGCGGUAUGGCAACCCGCGAGGAGCACGUGGCGGCGCCGGCGCCGGCGGUCGAGGAGACGCCGGAGAAGAAGCAGGCCAGCACAACCGAGCUCCCCGCACCCUCAGGCUGGACGAAGAAGCUUGCCCCAACUCGAGGUGGACGAGGUGGACGAUUCGAGGUUAUUUUUGUUUCCCCAACUGGUGAGGAAAUUAAAAGCAAGAGACAGCUGACUCAGUACCUGAAAGCUCAUCCUGGAGGCCCUGCAUCUUCAGAGUUUGAUUGGGGAACCAGUGAUACUCCCAGACGCUCAGCACGUUUAAGCGAGAAGGUCAAGGCAACUGAGAGCCCAGAGGGUGAGAAGACUCCUAAACGGGCAAGAUCAAGCUCUAAGAGGGGCAAAAAGGAGGAAAAAGUGGAUGCAGAGGAUGCAAAUGAGGCUGGAGAAGAUGGUGCUGCGGCGGAAGGUAAAGGUACCGAUGUGGAGAUGAAAGAUGCUGAAAAUGCUGAAGACGAGAAGAAAGAUGUCCCAAGUGCAGAGAAGACUGAGGAAGUUGACGAUAAGAAAGAUGCUGAAAAUGUGGAGAUGAAAGAUGCUGCAGAGAAGACUGAGGAAGUUGAAGAUAAGAAAGAGGAAGCCCCUACUGUAGAUGCAGCAGAGAAUACUGUGGAAGGUGAUGAUAAGAAAGAGGAGCCCCCUGCAGAGAAGACUGAUGAGAAAGAGGAAGCCCCAGCUGUAGAUGCAGCAGAGAAGAAUGAGGAAGGUGAUGAUAAGAAAGAGGAGGAGCCCCCUGCAGAGAAGAAGACUGUUGAGAAAGAGGUGGUCCCUGCUGUAGAUGCAGCAGAGAAUACUGAACAAAGCACCGGUGGGCAAGCACAGCCUAACGAUGUUGCUGCCCCAGAAUCUGAGAAUAAAGGAGACGGCAAGCCAGCUGAAUCCGAAUCAGCUCCCCUUGCAUUUGUUGAUGACGCAGCGCCCCUUGUAAUCGUUGGUGAAGAGAAAACUGAGGACAGUCAGGCAGCUGAAUCUGCGGUGCCUUCCCUGGCGUCUUCAGAGGGAGAGAAGAAAGAGAACGGUGGUGCCACUGAACCAGCAGCACCUCCUCCAGCUGAUGCAGAGAAGGGCGCGGAGAAUUCAGGCCAGGUGAACACCGCCCCCCAAGAACCGACGGCAGCGAACUGCGACAAGGGGCAGAUCCAACCUGGUGCCUCUGCUGUCAGGUGCACAUAAGGGAGCUUGGUCUCCGAUGGGAGACUGUUGCUUUGUGUGUUUAGGGCAAUACCUCGCAUUUGCUUUGAGAAUUAUAAUCGUGGUUAACCUGACAGGACAGCGCUGUGCAGCACUAGGCUGCCCAGCACGUAGUUAUCUUUCCGUUUUUUUUAUGUUGGCAGGGACAAAUGUGUGUACCCGGUUCAAAGUGUAACUCGUUAUUAGCGUGGUGAACAUUGAUCUCUGGAGCGGACUGGAGGACGUAGUACUGUCUCCAACUGUUGUAACGUGACGUUGUUUGUGUUGUUGCCUUGUGUUAUUGAACUUAUUAUGAUCCAUAAAUAAAAGCCAUAAGCGUGGCAGGGUCAUUCCCUGACCACCUUCAGGCACCAGA